CCUUUAUUCCUUAAUUGAUAUUGCAAGAGGUAUUGAAUACAUGUGCUAAUUGAAUAUAUCAAUACUGUUGAUGCUUUGUUGUCGAGGCAACCGCAGCCAUAACGUCCGUUAGUUUGGACAUAUUACGUUUGUAGCGCAUCGUAGUGCUACACGAAUAUUUGGCAAGUUCGAAACGCAUUUUUUACUUUUAGAAAACCAAGUGCGAAACAGCUAUAGAAAACUUCAUUAUGAGUGAAAAUGUGAAAUUUAUUGUGAUAGAAGUAAAUAAAUUACUAGGACGAAAUUACAGUAUAAUCGAAUUCAAUACCUUAAACACUGAAGACUUAUUACAGAUAUUAUGUAGUGUUCUGAUGAAGAUACAGCAACAAGAUGAUUCGGAUACCGAUUUUAAAUUGAAUUCGCUAGAAGAAAAUUCUAUAUACGUCUUAACAGCUCUUCGAAUACUUAAUUAUCAGCCUGAUGUGGAUCCUAUAAUAUUUAGACAAGGUUUAGUUCGAGGUGAAAUCGAAAUUAUUCAUCCGAUAUUGAAAUGGCUUUUGAUGCAUACCGAUGUAGUUCAGAAAAGAGUGUAUUUGUCACAGUUUCUCGUCAAGGUUGAAAUUCCGUCCGAGUAUCUAGGAGAUUCGGAAACGUCCCUUUUACAUGAACAGUAUCUGUCUCUCAUUGACAAAUUUAAGACAGUUCAUAAAGAAAAAGAGAUAGGGAAGAAAAAUGUUGAAACUGCUGUUGAGCUUGCAAUGGAUCUACAAGCAAUGACAAAGGAAAAAGAAGUAAGUAACAGAUGGCAGAUAAAAGCGAAUCGGAUCAAUAUAAGCUCUAAGGGCGGUAUUCAUAAUCAGUUCUUAUUUUAA